AUGGAUGGGGAGGAGAAAACCUAUGGUGGCUGUGAAAGCCCUGAUGCAAUGUAUAUCAAGCUAAUAUCUUCUGAUGGCCAUGAAUUUAUUGUAAAAAGAGAACAUGUGUUAACAUCAGGAACAAUAAAGGCCAUGUUGAGUGGACCAGGGCAGUUUGCUGAGAAUGAAACCAAUGAGGUCAAUUUUAGAGAGAUCCCUUCGCACGUGCUAUGGAAAGUGUGCAUGUAUUUCACCUACAAUGUCUGCUACACUAACAGCUCCACCAAGAUUCCUGAAUUUCCAAUUGCACCUGAAUUGCACUGGAACUGUUGA